CACUCCAUCACACCGUACUUGCUCAUUCCAUUAGCCGAAAUGGGUUUCAAUUUUGUUUUUAUUUUUUCUUUUUUGUUCUGUUAACAUCACAUUUUUCUCAUGAUAUAUUGCUUAAUCAAAUGCUUCUCCUAUCUUAUAGCUCAAAAUCCAAAUUUUUGUACGUCUUCUUAAGGAAAUUUAUCAGACAAAUCUUUCCAUUGUUAUUGUUUUUGAUGCGGUUCAUCAUACGUAGGACAAGUGAGACCCACGUUAUAUCAGCAUUAGAUGAUCUCGCAGCUUUACCCAAAAAUAUUUAAAUCUAACGAGCAUAGGCCUCAGCUUAUUCAUUUGGUGCCACAAAUCAAAACUAUUCUGAUACGUAGCAACAUUUGUCAGGAGUCUGGGGAUCCCUAGUACAUAUCCCUCCUCCAUCUGUUUCAAAGUCCUCCGAAAGGGAAAUCGAAAAUUAUUAGGUUUUACAAAUGUCUUCUAAUACGGUACUGUAUUAUGAGAAUUGUGAAGGUUGCAAGGUUGAUGCGCGUAAAGACGAGCACAAAGGUGUGCCAUAUAAAGAAUUGUUCUUUAUAUGGGUUGUUUGUUUAGCUUCUUCUCUACCUAUAUCAUGUCUCUUUCCGUUCCUAUACUUCAUGAUAAAGGAUUUCCACAUUGCCAAAAAGGAAGAAGAUAUUGGAUUUUAUGCAGGAUUUGUAGGGUCAGCGUAUAUGUUUGGAAGAGCUUUGACCUCAAUUUUAUGGGGAAUGAUAGCUGAUCGAUAUGGUCGAAAACCUGUUAUAAUCAUCGGGACUUUGGCAGUGGUAGUCAUGAACGCUUUAUUUGGUCUCAGCACAAAAUUUUGGAUGGCAAUUUCUACGAGGUUUAUCCUAGGAUUGCUUUGUGGUUUACUUGGCCCCAUCAAGGCAUAUGCUUGCGAAGUUUGCCGACCUGAACAUCAAGCUGUGGGACUAUCACUUAUCACGACAUCAUGGGGGGUAGGCUUGGUCAUUGGCCCAGCCAUGGGAGGCUUUCUGGCAAAGCCUGCAGAGAAAUAUUCGAAACUAUUUCCUAAGGGAUCUCUCUUUGCGAGAUUUCCAUACUUUCUACCCUGCCUAUGUAUAUCAUUUUGUGCAGGACUAGCAUUUAUAGUUUGUUGGUGGCUCCCGGAGACAUUGCACACACAUAGUGGAACAAAUGAAGAACAAAAUGUGAAGGAUAGAAAUGAAAAUCUACUAGAGACGGGUACAACCGGAUCAGACUCUAAGAGAAGUCCUUUUAAGAAUUGGCCGUUAAUGUCAUCCAUCAUCGUAUAUUCUGUUUUCUCGCUUCAUGACAUGGCGUAUUCAGAGAUUUUCUCAUUGUGGGCAGUGAGUCCUAAAAAGUUUGGCGGACUGAGCUUUUCAACUAAGAAUGUUGGUUUGGUACUUUCAAUCACAGGAUGUGGUCUAAUUAUCUCCCAACAAAUUCUAUAUCCAAUGUUUGAGAGGAUUUUUGGUCACAUGAAGAUUACUCGUAUUGCCUCGGUUUUGACGAUACCAUUGUUAACAAGUUACCCAUUUAUGGCCAAGUUUUCUGGCUUGAGCCUUUCUUUAGUGUUAAAUUGCGCGUCUAUAUUGAAGAACGCAUUUUAUAAUGCGAUUCUCACUGGAUUAUUCAUUAUUCAAAACAACGCCGUGCCUCAACACCAAAGAGGAGCUGCAAAUGGUAUUGCAAUGACCUCAAUGUCUCUAUUCAAGGCAUUUGGUCCAGCCGGAGGUGGUGCUAUAUUUUCAUGGGCUCUCAAACGCAUGGAUGCGUCCUUUCUCCCAGGUGUUCACAUGGUUUUCUUCAUCUUGAAUGUGAUUGAAGUAGUUGGAUUACUAUUGACGUGCAAAGCGUUUCUCCCACUUCCUAAGAGCAAGGGCCAGGAGAUUGAAUGUUUUCAAAAUGAAAGAGGAUCUAGGUGAUUCGGUGAAAAUCCAACCAAAUGUAUUAGACAAUGAACCCACAUUUGGGUGAUACUCCCACAAAUUGAGGAUGCUCAGGGUUAUUGUACUUAGAGACUUAUGUCUUGUUCCAAUUGUCCGCACGCAAAAUGAUUGAUUUAUUGUACCUGAAAAUAAGAUUCCAAAAAAACAAAUUAGCAAAAUCAAAGAAUGCAAAAACAGAAAAUUAAAU